CUCCUCCCCCCCCCCUCCUCCUCCGCCCCCCUCUUGGUUGCCUCUCUCGGCGCCCGCGCCCCGCUGCCUGGCAUGGCCGCGCCCGCCUCGCCGGAGUGCGCGCCCACCUGCAGCAUCAGCGUCGUGGUGCCGGCCCUCAACGAGGAGCAGGGGCUCACGGGCACGCUGGCGGCCAUCUGGCGGCAGGGGCCUCGCCCAUGCGAGGUGGUGGUCGUCGACGGCGGCUCCGUCGACGCGACAGUGGCGGCGGCGGAGGCGGCGGGCGCGCGCGCGGUGCGAGGGCCGCGGGGCCGGGCCAGGCAGAUGAACGCCGGAGCCGCGGAGUGCAGCGGCGAGGUGCUGCUGUUCCUGCACGCGGACACGGAGCUCCCGCCCGGCGCGCUAGAGGCGGUUGAGCGCGCGUUGGCAAACCCCGCGGUGCUCGGCGGCUGCUUCACGCUUCGCUUCGACGCCCAGGAGGGCAGCGCGGCGUUGCGGCUGUGGUCGUGGUGCACGCGCUGCUGGUUGUUGCGGACGCCCAGGCUGGUCUUCGGCGACAGGGCGAUCUUCGUGCGGCGCUCGGUGUUCGAGGAGCUCGGGGGCUACAGCGACUGGCCGAUCCUGGAGGACCUCGACUUCGCGAUGCGGCUGGCGGCCAAAGGGCCCGGGGCCUUCGCGUUCCUCCCCGCCGCCGUCACGACCUCCGCGCGCAGGCUCCUGGAGGUCGGCCCCGUCGCGCAGCAGCUCCUGAACACCUCGAUUGUUAUCCUGUGGUACUGCGGGCUCUCCCCCGAGACCCUGAAGGGGCUGUACCGGUACAGUAUGCCCAGACUUGCCGGCAGGACGCCGAACGACACAGCGAGCUGAGUGCGGGACGCGCCCGCGGCGACCACCACGCGCGAGAGCCGCGGCUCGUGCGACGCCUCUGGUCACGUUCCGCCGCCGUCCUCCGCCCUCCACCUGCGAAUAACACAAGAAAGAUCUGGCCCUCCCCUCACGCUCCCCCUCACUGGUUUUCAGCCGCGCCGC